AUGUGCAACUUGCGCAGACUGCGAAUACGGAAAUCCAAACACUCUAUCGUAAAGUUCUUGUUAUUUGGGCUUCCUAUGCUGUGGUUUCUGAUUGUGGUGCAGCUAACUGUGUUUAACAGCCAGUCUUUUAAAAAGUCAGGUGAUGUGAGCCACGGCGGGCCACAUGACCACCAGCUCAGGGUCAACGACUUUGUGACAGUUCGCGGAGCUGCUGAUGACAUUAGUGGUCGCUCUAACAGCUCGGAUCUUGGAAAGAGCGAGAGAGAAAUCCCAGUGGUAAACGUACAUAUGCGCAAGGUGCCUAGAAUUUUCCGGAAGAAUGCCAGCAUAGUGCAACCCAAGUUGAAACUCGAGUGGCAGAGGGCAACCCUGAGGCCUCAGCAGAACAGAUUCGACCCUCCGAGACUGGGUGAGUACGGAGGACUUGUAAACAUCAACCCAGACGCACUGGCACCAGAAGAAAGGAUCAGGUACAACCAAGGCUGGAACAAUCACCAUUUCAACGAGUACGUUAGUGACCUCAUCUCAGUGCAGAGGACUGUUCCAGACCUCGGAAACACUCAGUAA